GUCAAACGAAAGCCACAUUAAGGAGGUGGUAUUGUAGUUCCGAUGACGCAAUCAACCACGUGACAUCCAAGGGGCUAAGGGUCUCACGGUGUCCUGACGUCUGUAGAAAAGUAACGACACAGAGAAGGGAAAAACUGCCGCACUCGUGUUUGGUCGUUGUCAGUUGUCUGUCUGCCCAUAGUGAAAAAAAAAAUGAUGUCCGUGUUGGGGUUGCUCGUGUGUUUUGCUCUCAGCAUCCAUGGCACACACUGCAUCAAAGAUGGAAACUCAGUCAACCCAUGUGACUAUGACGGGAUAGCUGUUGUCCAAUUGGCUGGACAAAUUUUCUGCAACGGUGUCAUCUCGGGGGGUCAGCUGGUCCUGCCAGAGACGUGUGCCUCCAAUCUCAAAACCCUCAGUACAUAUGCUAACUUUCGAUGGAAGCCUGGAAGCCACAAGCCUGACAAAAAUUAGUGGCGUCGAAUGCUGCUCUUUGAUCGAUAAGGAAGAUACCCUCAAUGCGGAAUACGCCCAAGUUCCUACCAAAGACGUGCCACUAAACUGCGUCACCUCCGAUGGUGCCGCCUGUGGGAUUGCUGAUCUUGGCGCCCCCAUUUAUUGCCGUACGGACACCAACGAACUGGUAGUAACAGGGCUAACCACUUCCAACUCUUGCGUGGACGGACGAACUACCCUGGUCAACGACCUCACGGAUUCUGACCCCAACUUUAAGUUUGGGUAUUAAUGAAGGCUUGUAAUAUUCCUGUGGGUUUAUAGGGGAAAGGGUUCUCUCAUGUUCGUUGUUUCUUUCACUCACCCCUUUCGCCCUUCCUUGACCUUCCCCUACUGCUGCAACACAGCCAGUUUUAUUCCUGCUCUGGGGUUUAUUUUUUCUCUAAAACUUUAGUUCAACAAUCGAGAUCUUCAGAAUUUUUCUAUAACUUCUACUCGCAGUAGAAAGGAAAAUCUGGUCGGUAGACAUAAUAUUUCUGCUCUCCUGUUCACGGAAGUCGUAUCAUAAUUUGGGGGAUCAUGUUAGUCUAUAGUAAUGAUGGCACUGUUUGAAAUUCCCAGAAGAGAUUUGUUUGUUUUAUUUUUAUUUGGGUUUUUGUUUUGUUUAUUUUUAAAUAAAGUUCAUUUGGAAAGUUUGGUUAUUCUGACAGAUAUCCUAGUACUAUCGGACGUGGUUACUGUACUAAUUGCAGGUGUUGUUGUGGGAAGUUUUCAUCUUGCUGUAAAACUCUCUGCUGUAACCCUUUUUCUCCUUAUUUCAAAGCCGCAAAACAUUCUUGCCAAUAAACAUUCUGCUGGCACGAGCAGCUGCGGAUUUAAUCGCCA